AUGAAAAUUAUAAUAAUCUUAGCAGUUUGGGUGGCUGUUGCAGCAGCACAAUUUGGUGGUUUCGGUUUUGGUCCACGUCCUAUUUUUGGUCCACGUCCAGGCAUUGGUGUGGGGCCUGGUUUUGGAGGUAUUGGUCCACGUCCAGCUAUUGGUGUUAUUCCUGGUUUUGGUGGUGUGCCCAAUUUUGGUGUUGGACCUGGUUUUGGUGGUGCCAAUAAUAAUAAUCAAGGUUCUAAUCCCAAUAGUGGAGCGGCCAUUACAUUUCCCGAUACUAAUUCUAAUACGGCAGCCCGAGGCUAA